GUCGGAACGAUUGAUCAGUGCAUACUCUCCUUUAACGAUGAACAAUUGAAUUGAAUUGAAAUUAGGGGAUGAAUGCUAUUUAUUAAUUUACCGACGCCCAAGGUGCGACCCAAACAGCAUGCCCUUUGCUGCGAUGCAUGCAACCGCUGGCAGCAUCGACUGUGUGAGACCAGCAUCUCACGGUCAUUGUACAUGGCCACUAUGCGAGGAGAGGGGAUCGUGCAAUGGUAUUGUAGGGACUGCACCCAGCCAACCUUCGUAGUUGAAGAGAGUUCCAUGGAACAAUCCAUAGCUCUCCCUAUUCUGGAAUCUACAAGAAUUGAUGUAAUAUAUAUGUCAUAUAGUAGAAUAUAACGUAACACACAGACAGACACACACACACACACACACACACAUAUAUAUAUAUAUAGAGAGAGAGAGAGAGAGAGAGAGAAGACACACACACACACACACACACACAUAUAUAUAUAUAUAUAUAUAGAGAGAGAGAGAGAGAGAGAGAGAGAGAGAGAGAGAGAGAGAGAGAGAUAAUAGUUACUUUUCGCAAUGAUCAGUAAAAGUAUAGGUAAAAAUUAAACACGAAGACGUUUAGUAAAGCUUUAGCGCUUUCAUUUCAAAUCUUCUGGCGCCGGAUUCAGGACCUUGGUCUUGCACCGACGUACAAGAGGAGAGAAGCAACCCAUCGGUACUUAAAACAACUAAUGGCCCUUCCAUUUUUACCACAUCAAGACAUUGGACCUGCGUUCCAGACCCUCACUGGCCGGGCUAGUACUGAGGAACUGCGAUCAUUGGUUGGGUACAUGGAUAGACAGUGGAUGAAGAAUCCUCUCUUCCCACCAUCUGCUUGGUCAGCCUAUCGUGUGCCAGUAAGGACAAACAAUGAUGUUGAAAGCUGGCAUCAUCGCAUAAAUGGAAAGGCGGGGCACCGAGGAUGCGGGUUUUACGUCCUCUGCCCUCUCCUCCUACAAAACGCACGUCUGGUGGAGAGUAGAGUCCACAGCGACAACAUCUGUCGCAAUGUGAGGAAAAGUUCGACAACGGUGCAAAAGAAACUAGAUGCCGCAUGGGAGAAAUACGAUGUUGGCGAUGUGAGCGCGGGACACUUUCUCCGCAUAUGUGGAGCAGUGUAUGCCCCAGUGUCCAAGGAUUAAUGUGUGAUGUGAAGAGAUGUGAAAUGUCAAUAUGAUCUCUGAUACAGUGAAUGUUGACUAAAAUAUGUUGUGUAUUAUUUAUAUUGUUAAAUAUGUAUGAAAAUGUGAUAAAAGAACAUGUGUACCAAUAAAAAGAUAACUUGUAUUUGAUUCUUCUCUUUUCACUAAACAAGGUCACUACAGUACACGUUUGCGAUUGAAUUGCAAUACCGGUAACUUUAUAUCAAAAUCAGUGAAGGAUUUGUGAUUUUUUAAAAUAGUGAUAGUGAUAGCUGCAGUGCAAAUUAUCUACUAGGGUCGUUCAACAAUAUUGUCAUACAAAAACUUGGAUUACUAUAUAUGCUAUCCCAAACGUAUAUCUAUUCUAUUAUGGAUGU